GAUGUACUACAACAAGAACACGAAGAGGAUGAUGUUGUUGAUGAGGAAACUUACGACCCACGUUGUCCACCGGCUUUAUUCACGGCUGCCCAGAAGAACAAGUGGAGACGGGAAUGGAGGUCAGCUUUGGUGGUGAAAGGUCUGGGGAAAAAGGUGUAUUUCCUCCCUCUUGCUAAGCGAUUGAACUUUUUGUGGGCAAGGAAUGGCGAGCUUCAGAUCUCUGACAUGAAGAACGGAUGCUUCCUGGUGCGUUUCAGAAGCCAGAAGGACUAUGAAUUUUCCUGUUCAGAAGGACCUUGGCUGCUGGGAGACACAUACUUGACUGUAUUCCGUUGGUAUAAGGGCUUCAACCCGUGGAAAGUAGAGGUGAAGUCCACGACUGUGUGGGUCCAGCUGCCGGACCUACCUAUGGAAUUUUUUAACGCGGAGGCUGUUACAAUUAUUGCUCAGUUGAUUGGUCGGCCAGUACGUGUGGAUCGAGCAACUGAGCUGGGCGCAAGAGGUAACUACGCUAGAGUUUGCGUCGAGGUGGAUCUCUCUCGCCCAUUACUUUCACAAUACAAAGUAGAGGGAGUUACCUAUCUAAUUCAGUAUGAAGGCUUGGAAGACAUAUGUGGGGAAUGUGGAAUGUAUGGGAGUAAAACAACCUCUUGCAAAUGCCAUGCAAUGGGUGAAUAG